UCAUUUUAUUUAUUGAUCUACCUUUUUCCCAUUCAGCUAACUCAAGACAAGAUACUUGGGAAGCAAAUGAAUGAGACAAAUUAUUCUCGGGUGACCGAAUUUGUGUUGUUGGGACUCUGCACUUCCAAGGAGCUACAACCUUUCCUAUUUGUAAUAUUUUUAGUACUCUACUUAGCAAUUCUGCUGGGCAACUCUCUCAUCAUCCUCACCGUGACCUCAGAUUCCCGCCUUCAUACCCCCAUGUACUUUCUCCUUGCAAACCUCUCUUUUAUAGACAUGUGCGUUGCCUCCUUUGCAACUCCCAAAAUGAUCUCAGACUUUCUUGUUGAACGCAAGACAAUCUCUUUCAAUGCCUGCCUGACCCAAAUUUUCUGUGUCCAUCAAUUUGCUGGUGGUGAAAUGGUGCUUCUUGUGUGCAUGGCUUAUGACCGCUACGUUGCUAUAUGCAAACCUCUCCAUUACAUGACAAUCAUGAACCGUCGAGUAUGUAUUAUCCUUGUUCUUAUUUCCUGGUUUGUUGGCUUUGUCCAUACCACUAGCCAGUUGGCAUUUACUGUGAAUUUGCCCUUUUGUGGUCCUAAUCAAGUAGAUAGUUUUUUCUGUGACCUCCCUCUUGUGACAAAGUUGGCUUGCAUAGACACUUACGUUAUCAGUUUACUAAUAGUUGCAGACAGUGGCUUUCUUUCUUUGAGCACCUUCCUUUUGUUGGUUGUCUCCUACACUGUGAUCCUUAUAACAGUUAGGAGUCGCUCCUCUGCCAGCAUGGCAAAGGCUCGCUCCACACUGACUGCUCAUAUCACAGUAGUCACACUAUUUUUUGGACCAUGCAUUUUCAUUUAUGUGUGGCCUUUCAGUGGCUAUUCAUUGGACAAAGUCCUUGCUGUAUUCUACACCAUCUUUACUCCCAUUUUAAACCCAGUUAUUUACACUUUAAGGAACAACGAAAUGAAGGCAGCUAUGUUAAAACUGAAGAGUCGGUAUCUUAAGUCUGGCCAGGUUCUACACUUAUAA